GAUUGAUCUGCCGGUUUGAGAGUACGUUGCACUUCGGGAGAAUCAAUGGCACCGGCCGUCCUGCGUCUGUUCACCACCGCGGAGACCAAUGUUUCUGAUCACCACAGAACGAGGCUUCUGGAUCGUGUGCGGUAUUCAACUCGGGGAGGUAGUCGCUGACAAUUGAGCGCAGAGGUUCACCGUUCGGAAUAUUUUUUUCCUAAUUGUAUAAAUAAUAUUGUCACAUUCGCCAUGGCGACGACGAGACCACCCCUUAUGCCUCCGUCCAAUGAGACGGAGCAUUCGAUCAGCAGAAUCACUCGCGAGGGAAAGAAGAUCACAUACAAGUUGUCGGUCAUCCAGCAGCCAGAGCGUGCGAGAGCUUGCGGUGCCGGUGUUAAGUCUUCUGCUGACCGUCGGCCUGUUGAUCCUCCACCUGUGGUGGAACUACGUAUCUACGAAUCCGACCCGAAUAAUGACAUGCACAAGACCGACAUCACUUUUGCUUAUAAUGCCAAUUUCUUCCUGUUCGCGACGUUGGAUACCGCUCGUCCAAUUGCUCAGGGGAGAGUAUCAGGACAUCCGCCAACAUGCCCUGUGUUGACGGGUGUGCCUGUUGCGGGUAUUGCAUACCUCGAUCGCCCUGCCCAAGCCGGUUAUUUCAUCUUCCCCGACCUGUCCGUUCGCCACGAGGGCCGAUACCGUUUGAACUUCAACCUAUACGAGGAGGUGAAGGAGCCCAAGGAUGCGGAUAAGGAUGCUCCGCUACCCCCUCAGGAGCCCAUUCAGCCGUCGAUGAAGGCGAUCGCACCGCAGACAUACCUUCAUUUCCGUCUCGAAGUCAAGUCGAUACCUUUCACCGUCUAUAGCGCCAAGAAAUUCCCGGGUCUCGCCACGAGUACUUCGCUGAGCAGAGUUGUGGCGGAGCAAGGAUGCAGGGUUCGAAUCAGACGCGAUGUCCGAAUGAGACGCCGCGGCGACAAGCAGACCAAAGAGUACAAUGAAUACGACGAGGAGAGGGUAUAUGCUCGCUCAGACAGAUACUCGACCCCCGAUGCCUAUGUAGCCACUCCCAUUGAACGUCCACGAUCCACCAGCAACAGCACUAUCGACGCACCUUUUGCUUAUGUCCCUGAUGGUCAACGGCGACCGUCAGUGCCUGAAUAUGGUUACCCGCAGCCAUACCAACAACCUCCCCCUCCUACGCCUGCUCCCACUACCUACCAGUCACACCUGACGUUUGGCUCGACACAAACACAAUACCAGACUCCUCAGCUACCACCCACGCCACAGCCUCCUGCGGCACCAGCAGCCGCAUACUCCCCACACCCGGCCUACGCUCAUGUCCGCAGACUGUCGAACGCAGCCGAGUCCGAGCCUCCUGUCCAAGGCUACCCUUACCAGCAGCCCCGGCCGCAGGUAGAACGCUUUGAUUAUCCCAAGACUUCUCUGCCUCCUCUGCGACUGGUUGACCCUCCCAGACCAGUCAACCCUCAACCGUAUGGCGAGCCCCGUUCAUCCGACCCGAAUGCCUAUCAGUCUUCGACACAACCCUCCGUUCCUCGAGCCCGCACGCCAGCAGCCACCGAAAUCCCACCAUCUCUGCCGCCUUUGAAGACUCUUUCAGGGGAGUACACGAGCAUGCCGCAGUCGAUAAGUGCUCCGCAGGCGCGGAACUAUGAUCCAGUGACCGGCAAGAGGCUGCUCUAUGAUACAGAGGCAAAACUGACGAAACGCACACACGAGGAUUCCUUUGGUCACCAGGAGCGGUCUCUGCAGAACGGCAUGCGUCCUGAUGCUGCGGAUCUGAACGCAUACCCUGGGCGUGGUCGCAAUGGGAGAAAAACAGAACUGGAAACUGCCAAAUUCUUCGAGGAACUAGGGAUUGAGCGUGCGGCUAUGGAAUACAGACGUGCAGAUGGAACAAUGUCCACCAAAGUGACGCCUGUUCGUGGUAGCAAAGUCUGAGAAAAAGAUGUCAGGUUACUCUAUUAUUUAGAUUCUCAUUCCCAUUUUCUUGCACAUCAUUGAUUUUUUCUUUCCAGUCCUCUUUUGCGUGCUUUCCCGCAAGGAGUUCUUGUUCGGAGUUUCUGGCUGGGGGUUUUUUUUCCUGUGAGAGGGAAUUGUAUGGAGCUUUUUUUCUU